AUGACGUCUUCGGGUCAAAACUCCCACCUGUUCAGGUGGAAGAGGCUCGGGCCUACUCCUGACAAGAUGCCUGUGAAGACUGAUGAUAUUGAUCAGUGGAGGAAGCGGGUGGAGAAGGCCUCUGAGUUUGCUGUGUCUGAAGUCUUCUUCCACAAAAAACCCGAUUCAAGACGCAACAGACUGGCUGUACCUUUACAAAGCUCGGAGCAGUUAAAGGAUCAUGAUGAUGCUUACAGUGAAGCUCAGGCUCUUCUAGGUGAUUGGCUGGGCACCAAGUUACGGAUGGAGCUGGAGGUGGACGAUGAAGAUGACCUGAAGGGUUUCGCUGAAACGACACAACCUGCUGCUCCGGCUUCUCCACCACUAGUUGUCCCAGCUCACAACAAUUUUGAAGAUCUGUACGCCUGCCUGGCUGAAGAAGAAGAUCAGUUUGCUGUUAACAGCUUCCUACAAGAUCUCAUGGAGCAGGAGCUGCAGGACUCUAGGAUGAUGGAGGAACUCUCCCUUGAUGAUGGAGAAAUUCAAAAGAAGUUCAGAAAUCCGAUCAUCACCAUGGAAGCACGGCAUCAGCAGGUGCGGGAGAACCGGGUGCGGCGAGAGGCCGAGAGACGGAGGCAGCAGAGGGAGAAGGAGGCUCAGCGUGAGGCUAGAAAGGAGGCGAAGAGGAGGGAGCGGGAGGAGGAGAUGAGGAAGAAGCUGGAGCAAUGCAAGCAGGAGGAGAUGGUGCAGCUGGAGAUGGUGAGACUGCGGCGUCAGAUGGAGGAGAGGAGAGGCCUGGAGCAGCUCAUUCGACAGAGAGACAGAGAAAAAGCAGCGCAGAGGGCGGUCAGAACGGUUCAGACAACAAAAACCCUUCUGUCAAAGCAGCAGCAGGAAACUGAGCGACAUCAUCGAGAACAGGACAUUAAAAUGAAGAUUCGCAUGAGUAAUCUCAAGUGUCUGCACAGUCAUUUUUCUGGGUGGUAUUCGGUGGUGAUGGACCAAAGGUUACGUACGGGUAAGGCUGUGGCCCUUUGUGAUUGGAGGAGGCAGCUGAAAGCUUGGCGAGCAUGGCGCACAGUGAUGUGGGCAAAGCGCGAGCAGCAAGAGAUGGCAAGAACAGAAGAGACACUGCGAAUAGAAAACAGACAAAUCCAGCUAGCUGUGGAAAGUGACCGAAGGCGAUUGUUACGGCGAUGUUUGAGUGAGUGGCAGCUGCGGUGUCAGGUGGGGAAGGCACAGCGAGAGCUUUUGUCCCGACAACAGGAGACCAAAUUAAAGAUGGCGGCUUUACUCACAGCUGCAUCCACAGGAAAACUCUUGGGAACAGGAGCCUCUGCUGAUCAGUCAAGAACAGUCGCACCUGCACCCCCAAACCAAUCAGAGGAGGACCAACGAAUGGAUCAACACAGGUUGGACACUACAGCUCCUUGUUCCUUUGUGGUGCGUCAGGAUCAAACCUCUGUGAGUUUUGUGUCCCGACCCUCCCAGCCAUGGCAGAUAACCCAACGCCAUGCUGCCCCCACCGCUGCAGAGCUCCACGAGGCGCGGCAGAGAGUGGAAAGCAGUGUUUUCACCCGCGCUAAAAUAACGGCAUCACCAGCCGGCAGGUUUGAGAACAGACAUGCCGUCCAGCAGCAGAUCAUCUCGCAGCAGAGGAAGCUGCUGAAGGAGCAGCAGGAGAAAAUUGCUCGGCUGACAGAAAAGCAGAACAUGUUGGGUUUGGAGCUGGAAAUGGAGAAAACUGCACAGCUCACCCAGCUGUCGGUGCUAAGAGGCUCCAGAGCAAAGAGCUGCAGCUUUGACCGGGAGCAGAGAGCGCCGAGGGUUUCAGCAGAACCUGAUAGUCGGAGUGCACCUUCGAGGAAAGCUGUCACACAGCAGAUGUGCCCCCAUCCUAUCAUCUCAGCCAUGGAAGCCCGAGCACAACAGCGCGCAGAGCGAAGGAAGGAGAUCGAGGAACUCAAGAGGAAGAAAGAAGACGAAAAGCUGGCUGAGUUGAAAGCUGCUGAGGAGCAAAGGCAGAGGGAGGAAGAGGAGGAGAAACGCAAGGCGGCAGAAAAAAGGAAGGAGGAGAAGAGGAUGGCAAGAGAGAGGGAAGAGGAAAAGCAGAGGCAGCAGAAAAGGCAUCAGGAGCUCAUGAGACUGGCCCGUCAACACUACCACAGAACCUUGUUGUCACAUCGAGGCCUGGCGCCAUGGAAACGCCUCAUUCAGUUAAGACAAGCCAGCAUGGAGCUUGCUGAGCGUCGUCACAAUCUCUUCCUCCUGAGACAAUACACUCUGGAGUGGUGGCAGUGCGUGAGAGGGUCUGUGUCUGAGAGAGAGGCGUGUGCAGACCAGCUUAACCAUCAUUUUCUGCUUCGGAGGAGCUUAAACUGCUGGAAAAUGCUGAGAGACAAGCGGAUGAUUCAGGAAGAGCGAGCUGAGCGUUUUUACCGCAGACGCACUCUGAGGAGGUUUCUGCUUGCUCUGCUGGAUCACGUGACCCAGGAGAGGCUGAUGGAGUGGGACCGUCUGCAACAGGCACAGGAGCACAGGAACAGACGGAUCCUGCAAAGGUGUCUCCUGGCCUGGACGCAGCUUCCACGUGUGCUGUGCAGGGAGAGGGAGCGGGACAAGCGGCGGGAGAAGCUUAGCAGGAAAAUAGCUGAGGUUUUACCUGAUUUCUGCUCCUAUCCAUCAUGUGAAACCGACUAACGACGGAAAAAGUGCUGAGUCGCACAAAAAAAAAAAAAAAAAAGACACGCACAUCACUCCGGAGAGGACGGAUGAGAAAAAUGCCUGCUCGUUUCUCAGAUUUAUUUAUUAAAAUAAAUCAAAUUGGUUUAUAGAAAAUCCACAAACACAAAACACAACCAAUACAAAUAUGCAACCAAAGGCUUUGAGUGACUAUUUGUAUUUAGAUGUAAAUACAUACAGU